CAUCUUUGAAAUCAGCUGUAAACCCACGCUGUAAACGUCGCUGUGGCGCCCCCUCGGGGAUCUUCCGUUCAUUUAUGAGUAAGUUGACUCGUAAGCAAGGCCUGACUAAUGGCGCGAAUAGGUUAAGUUACAGUAGUUGCAAGAGUUCCAAAGAAAACGUUGAAAUUUCCAGCACUUGGAGCUGAUUUUCAAUGAAAAUUAUACACGAGCCACUGCGGUAUGCCCAUGAGGAAGGGCAUACAGAUGUGUGUUAUUCUGCAGAUGGAGAGCACUUUAUCACCUGUGGAGCUGAUGGAGAUGUUCGGAUAUGGUCAGUGGAUGAAAUGGACGAUCCUAAUCACACAUGUGUGGGCGAAUUGGCUCUAAGCGUGUGCCAGAAGGAUGAUAAAAUUUACACUUCCACUGGAAACAAUGAAAUUCAAAUUCUCACACAUCCAGCAGGGGAACGAGAUGGAGUGUUCACCAGGGCUACAGAUCCUUUUAAUCAGAUUGUGAUUUGCAGGAACAAGAACUUUGCAGCCGUAGCAGGCGAAGGCAUGUCUGUAACUCUAAUGGACCUGGAUACUUCAGUAGCAAAGAUUUCUCUUAGUGAUUUAGGAGCGCCUUGUUUAAGUGUAGCGAUUUGUCCCAAUGCGGCCAAACUGGCUGCCUCCACUGGAGACGGCAAGUUGCGCAUUUGGGACGUGGAAUCCUACUCUCUCCUCAAGGAAAUAUCCUGUUUUCCUAAAGUCAAUAGCUUUGCAAACGCAAAAAAUUUGUGUCGUCUGGAUUUUGAACCAAAGCACGGCGAACUGUUGGCUUAUCCCCUGAAGAACGUGGUGAAACUUCUCAACACAACUACAUGGGCGGAAGAGGAACUAAAAUGUCCAGAGGUGGAUGCAGAUUUCUCAGUGUUACAGUAUUCAAGCUGCGGCAAGUAUUUAGCAGCAGCGUCACUUAAAGGCGACUUUGUGAUAUGGGAGACAUUAAAGAAAACAGUCUUUCAGACUUCAAAGCACGAUGCAUCGAAUGCUAUUUGUGGACUUAUGUGGAAUCCUAAAGGAAAUGGGGAAAUUGUCUAUACAGACGUGGAAGGCCAGGUCAGUAUCAUGUCCAACUGCUCAAGACUGCAGCCUGUCGAUAACGAGGAAAUAUCGACCGAAGUGGAAAAGGUUGACGAAAACGGCUUUACAGAGAACGAUGUCGAUUUUGGCGAUUUUCUGGAAGAGGAAAAGAACGAAGACACUGAUCGAGCCUCGCCGGAGGUUCUAGAUUUUGGCACCCUUGACAGUCCUGAUCCCGAUGCACGCAGCGUGGAUGAAAUAGCUUCAUCUCCAGGCAGCACGAGAAGACCGCGAACUCCAGACGUUCCAAUGCAGUCGCCCUUUAUGCCUACAUCCACUCCAGAGCAUCUGGAUCCUCGAUACCUCUGCUGGAAUGAUGUGGGAGUCGUAAAAGGCUACGGGCUAAACUCGGGAGACGAAGCAAACCAGAAAACCAUUGAAGUCGAGUUCCAUGACUCCACUUUCCAUAACAGCAUGAUGCUGCAGAAUUUUCAGGACUACACCAUGGGUUCAAUUGGAAAAGGAGCUCUAGCGGUAGCCAAUUCUAGCCAAAUCAUGGUGAUUCCGCUGGCAGUCAGCAACAAAGAGUGGUACUUAAAAGUGGAGGAGUAUGAGGAAAUAGUGCUGGUGGCAGCCUCCGAAAGUAUGGUCUGUUUUGCCAUGUCCAACUAUCUAGUGAGAGUUGCCACGAUUUUUGGGACCCAGAGAGGGAUAGUGUCCGUGCCUGGACCUCCUGUGUGUAUGGCGGCGUUCAAAAAUGCCUUACUAGUCGCUUAUCAUGCCGGUCCAGUGAGAAACAGCGACCAAAACAUCAUUAUAAAAUUAUUCAAGUUUGAAGGCCUGAACGUGGACUGUUUCGAGCUGGGGUCGGCUUUAGGCCCGGAAUCUACGUUAUAUUGGCUAGGAUUUUCUGAUAUUGGCACACCAGGAAUGAUGGAUUCUUUGGGGAUGCUCAGUCUUUUCCCUCCAAAGUGCAACACUUGGAUUCCUUUCUGUGAUACCACUAAGCAUCGUAGAAGUCCAGGCGAUGGAUUUUUCGUAACAACAAUAUUCGAAUCGAAUCAAACAAUUGGCGCAAUCCGUUGUAAAGGGACGGUUUAUCCGGGCUUCGUACCGCGGCCCACGGUGUGUGAGCUCGCCAUUGAGCCCCCAUUUGCUGAAACCGCGACCGAUAAAACCCAGAUGGAAAUGAACAUGUUCACGUGGUCGAACUUGAACAUCCAGGAUACGGAGCGGAAAUAUAAAGAGACUGCCUUGAAAAUUUUUGCGCUGGCCUGCAAAAAUGACCUGGAUCAAAGAGCGUUUGAGUUCAUGCAACUGGUGGGCAAUCAACAGAUUUUGAACUUGGGGCUGAAAUAUACCACGAAAUUGAACAAGAGGAGACUGAGUGAGAAGCUGAUGGAUUUGGCUGCAGUGCUGCAGGAAGAGAAUGGAGAUGCCGAUGACACUCCCAAGUCGUUUCAUAGCGUGGUUUCAACGACUGAAAUGCAAAUGCCUGCGCAAGCAGUAAUUAAGCCCAGAGUGGGGAAGCUGAGCAUCUCGAAACUAACGCCCAAAACCAAGAAGACCAAACAAGAGGGAAGCCAGCAAGAUUUUGAAACGAAUGCGCCCAUUAGCAAUGAAAACAAUCUUUCAGCGGUUAACAGUCAGGAUUCGCUUUUCAGCGAAGAUCAGUCGGUAUCGGAUGAAACUCUCAAGGCCUAUGAAGUUGUAGAAGUACCGCGAAACCCGUUUUUAAAAAAGCAGCCAACAGAAAAGGCGAGAGACGACUUAAAUGAGACCAAAAGUCUCACCCCAAUAUUUAAUCCAUUUUUGAAGAAGGCAAAGAAAACGGGCAGCGCUAGUCCCUUGAGUUUAACAGACAAGAAUGCGGGAAUCAGUUAUGAAACGCCCGACGCCAAACAGAAAAGUACUGAGGUUGGAGAGAAGAGAAGAUUGGCGGACGCCGAAUCGGAAAAGCCAGUAGGAAAACAGCGAAAACUCAACCAAUUUAUGUUUUCCAAACGACAAUGAAAAUGAGUAAGUAAGUGGGUACAGAAUAAAUUAUUUUUUUACUAUCGUUUAAUCUUUGAUAUUAUGGAAGACAAGGGUGGAAAAAAUAAACGGUGAACCUUG